CAGCAUUUUUCGGUCUGCGGCGAACGGUCACAUCGUAGUGCACAAAAAAUCGAGUUUCCUGCAUUUUCAGGUGUCAAAAUAACCGAGUUAAAGUGCGAUUUGAGGUCCGGAAAAAGUGCUAUAACCAGCGUCGGACCUUCGAGCACCGACUAGACCGGAAGGGGGUACGGAUAAUGUGGCCGCUGGCCCGUGAAAGGCCCGUGGAAAACGACGCAUGAGACCCGAAUUGCGAACCAGAUGAUAGAGUAGCGUGCCAGCGAGAGCGAGUGAGAGAGGGCGAGAGGAACAGAGAGAGAGAGAGGAGGCCAGAGUAGACACAAAACUCCGAGCGGAGCUCUCGCCCAUUUUCCGGCCGAUUUCGCAGUCUAUAUAGCUGUUACAGUCGCUAUAUAGUCGCCGGAAUGGCGGAGGAGAACCCGGGUGGCGAAGUGCCCGAUUCGGGGGCGGAGGAUGUGGGCGCCUCGGUCAUAGUGGAGCCGGGAUCCGAGGCAUCCAAUGCGGGACCACAUACUCUACCCGCGGCUGCCAUGAAGUUUGCGGAUCUCACGGAAAGCGGCAGCGAAUCCGGGGACAACGAGACGGAGGAGCCCGUUGCGGCGGGUCCGGAAAACACUGGGAAUUCCAACGGGGAGCCGGGCACCAGUGCAUCCGCCACGGAGGAGAAUACGCCGGCGGAACGCUCCUCGCCGCCGCCCAACUGCGCCAUCUGCCUGUCGCGCUGCAAGCGGAAGUGCUUCACGGACUCCUGCAUGCACCAGUUCUGCUUCAAGUGCCUGUGCGAGUGGAGCAAGAUCAAACCCGAGUGCCCGCUGUGCAAGCAGCCCUUCAAGACCAUCAUACACAAUGUCCGCACUCUGGACGACUACGAUCGCUAUCCGGUGCAGAGCUCCUCGCCCGUUCCGCCGGAUCAUCCCUCGCUGCGUUUCCACAUCGUGCGGCGUCCCAGGUACAUGCCGCUGGUGCAGAACCAGGCCGUCAUGACCAACGACAUUGAGGCGGGCAUAGCGGCAGGAGCUGCGGGAGAGGAGAUCCUGCCGGCGGCCGAGGUGGCAGCCGGGCGGCAUUCGUACAGCCGAUUUGAGCCGUAUCGCGUGGAGCUGAUGAACUACUACCGGCACGAUCAGGAUGCGGCCACCUCGGGCUCGUUGAGCCAACUGUGGCGGCGCUACGUGUACGACAGGAAGCUGUACGCUUUGCCAGUCAGUGAUAGCCUGACGGGACACUUCCGCGAGUGGAGUGCCCGGUUUUACAGAAACAACCCUGCCCAGAUGCAUCGCCUGAUGCCUUGGAUCCAUCGCGACAUCGUCUGCCUGCUGCGGAAUGCCGCGCACAGCGUGAGCACUGUGAUGCAGCUGAUGCACGACAUCCUGCCCAUGACCAACAUCCUGGGUCCCACAUUCCGUCGCCGCCUGUCGCCGUUUCUGGGCGAGCGCACCAGCCACUUCAUCCACGAGCUGUUCAACUUUGCCCGCUCGCCCUUCGACAUGAUCGGCUACGACCAUGUCGUUCAGUACUCGGCUCGCGUGGCCGAGGAGGUGGAGGUCGAUCUGCUGGACAUGGUGGAGACGCAGUCCUCGAACGGCGACGAUCUGCAUUUGGAGGUGGGCGACAGCGAUGCGGAUGGCGUCAAUGCGGAGUUCUCCAACGACUGGAGCCCGCCCAGCGUGCGUCCGUCGACCAGUGUGAUCGUGACCAAUCCCGGCGCCACACAUUCCUUCAGCGUGACCAUGGCCAGCGAUGGCAGCGAGCUGCCGGGCAUCUCCAUAAGGCGCACCACCAACGUGGGCUCGCAGACGGUGGCCAUCAACCUGAGCAUGCGGCGACCGGCGGCGGCUGCGGCGGUGGCCAGCCAGGAGGCGGAGGUCAUCGAGAUCGACGACGGCGAUGCGGCUGCCAAUGCAGAGGUGGCGGCCAUCAACGAUGGCAGCAAUCCGAGCAGGAGGCACGCGGGCGCCACCCUCCCCGUGAGUGCCCACAUCGAGCUGCAGAGCAGCAGCAGCUCCGGCGAGGAGGAUGAGUGCGUCUUUGUGCUGGAGCUGAAGCCACCGCACCUGCGCACGCCCGAGCAGGUGAGCCUGGACUCGAACAGCGACUCCGAUGUGGUCUUCGUGAACGAGCAGAACGAAGCGCCGCCUCCGGCUGCCAGUCUGCAAGUCGACCUGGCGCCACAAUCGCCAGUGGAUCAGUCGGCCAGGGAUCAGGGAUUGUUCAUGGGCCCCAGCACGAGUGCCGCGGCCACCAGGGGCAAGAACUGGAAGCUUGUGGUGGCGGAGGCGCGUCGCCACGAUCAGUUGCGCACGGUGCGCUCCACACGCUCGAAGCGGUCGCGCCAGCGGUCCUCCGUCCCUGACAGCAGUCCCAGCAGCUGCAGCAGCUCCUCGUCCUUCCACUUCAGCAGCAGCAGCAGCGAUGACAGCAGUGCCAGCAGUACAUCCAUUGCGGAGCCGGCCAAGAAGAGACAUCGCAAGGUGGCGAAUAGAAAGCAGCCGGGAAAAGGCUCCAAGGGGAAGAAGAAAACAUCCCGCAAACGGAAACGACCGGCGAAGGAGGAGGAGGCAGCUCUGGAGCUGCAGCGGCGACUGGAGCAGCAGCAGCAGCAGCAGAGCAAAGAGAAGCCGCAACCGGAAAGCAGUAGUGACAGCCCAAGUUCGUCGGAUGACGAAUCAGCUGGCGAUAGCAGCGAUACAUCUGGUCAACCCAACAUUAACAACAGCAAUACCAGCAGUGAUGAUUCUGACGAUGAUAGCACGGAAAACCUGCAGCUCAGUGCUUUGCGGGCCACACUAAAAGCGGAGGCGACUCUGGAGGAUAGGAAACCACUCAAGCUGGAGCUUCUAAUGCCCGACCAGCAGCGGGAGGUUCCACAAGAUACAGAGAGAAAUCCAGCGCCAACAGAGGACAACGAGCCGGGAUGCAGUGCGCCAAAGCGGCGGAGAAGCUGCAGCAACAGCAAUCAGUCCAGCCAGAGCGCCAGUUUGGCCAGCAGUUCGACAGCCACAUCGAGCUCAAAUCCGAUGAGUUCGUUUGCCUGGAGGGCAGCGGGCUAUGAUGGCGAUCCCCUGAUUCGGGCCAAUGCGGCAAUGGACGAGCACGACAUAGCCAAUUCGCUAAUAGAACUAUCCACGCUGACGCAGCCCAGGGACAUUGGACUCUUCAACGAGCAUUCGAAUUCGGGAGAGAUUUCCCUGAGCCUGCUGCGCAAUUCUCUACGUGGAAGCUCUCGAGCUCUGGAGGAGAAUGACGCAAAUCUGGGCAUCUAUUCCGAUGCAGAUGCGGAUCCAGAGGCCAGCAAUGAACGGAAUGGCUUCACCCUGGAGCCCGCAAUCGAUGUGGUUGGAGAAGCGGAGGUGGAAACCGCCGAGGAUACAGCCACUGCCACUGAAGAACAAGAUGAAGAGGACGAGGACGAUGACGAUGAAGGUGAAGGUGAAGGCGAAGAUGAACAGGACGAGGAGAAAGCUGAGGAGGACGAAGAGGAUGAGGACGAUAGCGAGAACAACGAUGAUGAGGAGGUGGAUCGGGAGCUACUAUCGUUUUUAGCAUAAGCUAUUGACUUUGGUUUUCAUUUAAGUUUUUUAUUUAAAGGAAUGUUUAACUGGUUUCCGUCUUGUCUUGUUCCGAUUCCUAAGCCCCUGAACCCAAAAAAAAUAAUAAUUAAUGUAACUUGCUAUGUAAGUAACUAAAACCAGUAAGCGUAAGCUCAAACUAGAUGUAUCUUAGGCGUAAUGUUGCCAUUUUAAGUUGUACAUAUUCAUAAACCAAUAUCCAAUAUACAUAUAUAAAUAUAUAUAAUUAUGUUUACACACCAAUCAACUGCAAAAUUAUUUAAAUGUAAUCGCAUGUAGCCCACCCAAAAAUGCAUUCGAUAUCCCCAAUGAUCGGCCCCUUCCCAUCCCCACAUCGGUUGUAAAUGUACUAGUUUAAGUUAACGACAUAUACUAACCAUAAACAAUGGCAACUAAAUUUACUGUUCUUAGCUUAUAAAUCAUACAACUAGCUCUGGAUCAAUGUGUGGCGAGAGUGUUAAUGUUUUUUGCAUAAAUGGGCGUGGCCAGUUAUGAAUUUUAGAGUACUCCGCAUACAAAGAACAAAAAGUAUCUAUAAUACGAAUCAAAUACAUAAUAAAUGUAAAAAUUAAAUGUA